AUGGGGAAGAGGGAUCGAAAAAAGGGUCUGAAUAAGGCCAUCGCCACAGACGAUGAGUUGUGCCCAAAGAACAAGGAUGAUGACUGCGGCCCUUACUUCAUACCGCAGAGGGUUCGUGGACCUCGCAACCCUGGUUGCAUCCCCUUUCGCCUGUGGGCCAUCAUAGUCUUGAUGCAACGGGCCUUUGUGCAGCCGGCCGCGUUGUAUGACUGUGCUGAUCUUUUCGCCGGGCAGUGUGCAGUGAGUAAAGCUUACAAAGCUCAGAACAUGAUGGCAUGCGCACUUGACACAGAAAUUGAUCCCCGAGAUGACAUCAAUACGAGUCAAGGAUUCCUGAGAUUCCUCUGGGCAGUCUUAUGCUGCAAGCCCGACGCAGUGCUGGUUGCGGGGAUAUUAUGCUCUAGUUGGAGCAUAGUUAACCGUGGAACGUCUCAACGAAGUGAGCACAACAUCCUGGGAAACAGGACUCGUCCGAGCGUGGUGCAUGGAAAUUUAAUGGUGAGUCGAAUGACUCUCAUACUAUAUGCAGCCCGCUUCCUUGGCAUACAUUGGCUUUUGGAAAAUCCUUCUCAAUCAUUGUUGUUCGACCACCCACGCCUCAAAACUUUCCUCCAGCAUGCGGAGAACUGGGAAUGCCGUACACACCUCGGGAUGUAUGGUGCCCCAACAUGGAAGCCCGUCAAACUUGUCUCCUCGGAUCCCGUCGUGGAAAAACUCUACAGGACUUUGGACAGGAGCUUGUUUGAACCCAGCAAUUCCACUGUGAAAUACCAAACUGCUGAUGGACGUCCAAAAUUUCAGGGAAGCCGACAUCUUAAAGCCACUCAAGUGUAUCCUCCUCGCUUUGGAAGACGGGUGUUUCAGCUCUUCACGAAAGAAGCGCACCAUCUAACUCCAGUGGAGACGAUUGACUACACCCCUGAUGCUUGGGAAGAUGCAAAGCCACUGGACUGCCAGGGAAUCACGUGCAUGUAUGCAGCCAUAUUCCAAAAAUAUAAUGGCACCCUGGAAUUCCAAACCGUGUUUUUCACCCUCCAUGGACUGUUUUAUGGAAUGCCGCAAAUGCUUGGAAUGUCUGGAUCCCAUGCAAGGUUUGGAAUGUUUGGACUGGUUCGAUGCAUAUACUGUACCGUUUGGACCCAUCUUGGGGACGUUUGGGUAUUGGAUGUUUGA